CUCCACGUCAGCUGCAUCUGCGCACUGUGCUCUCAUCCACACACACAUUAAGUUUCUUACACUGGUAAUCGGACAGUAAAAUCGUUCCUGACGUGACAAUAAUCGCAUGAAGUGAUGUUUAAGAAACUGAAGCAGAAGGUGAUAGAGGAGCAGUCGCCUCAGCGGAGCAGCGCGCAGGCGCAGGUGAGUUCAGGAGAGAGGCGCGCUCAGCCCCCUUUCCUGCACCAAGAUGCCCCGGCCUCCCCCAACGACAGAGAGCUGCUGGCUGGGAUGAUAGCAGAGCCUGCUUUUCUCUCUGAGUAUACUAUCUUUGCUCUGGACCACUCAAAUCGACCCAAAGCGGCCCAGGUGCCCAGUGCGAGCAUUAAAGCGGCCGGCAGCUCUCCGAGAGGCAGUGUGAACGGGGAUGGAAUCGCUUCUCCUCAGAAAGAGGAGUCUCAGUCUCUGGCCCAGACGCUGCAGCAGAAGGUUUCUUCUGUGGAGUCUUUGCUCCGGGGUUCGGCCCGCGGUGAAGGGCUCUUCCGCUCCGGCUCCCGGGACAGUCUGGUCAGAAGCUCCUCCAGAGAAUCGCUCACUCUCGUCGGAGAGAAUGAAGCCCAGUCGUCACCGGCGUAUGACCCUCCGUCGGACAUCGAGAGCGAGGCGGAGGAUUCGCCCGGCAGCGCUGAGAGUCUGUCCAAAGAGCAGCUCUUAAACCGCCUGCACCGGCUCGAGAGAAGCCUCGGCAAUUACAGGGGGAAGUACUCAGAGUUGGUUACAGCUUACCGAACCGUACUCCGGGAUAAAGAGAAAACGCAGGCCAUCCUCAGCCAGAGUCAAGAUAAAGCCCUGAGAAGAAUAGGGGAGCUCAGGGAGGAGCUUCAGAUGGACCAGCAGACCAAGAAACACCUGCAGGAGGAGUUUGAUGCUGCUCUCGAGGAGAAGGACCAGAUGAUCACUGUGCUUCAGACGCAAGUGUCUCUCUUGAAGAAGCGUCUGCAGGCGUCUGGAGGUGUGCUUUCCUCUGAGGUUGAGACCUCUCAGUCCACAGAUACGGUCGAUGCAAACACUGACACUCAGAGCCCCUCGAAAGAUGACGGCUCGACGCUUAACACAGAGGGCAGCGGAGAGCCGGGCAGCACGGUGGACCUUGAGGCGCUUCAGAAGCGAAUCAAAAGGCAAGAGAGUCUCCUGCAGAGAUGUAAAGAGAUGAUUCGAUCCAGUAAAGAGCGCAGCGCUCAGCUGAGCAGCGAGAACGAGGUUUUACAGCAGCAGCUGCAGGAGAGACUGCAAGAGCUUGAGAAAAUCAAGGAACUCCACACUACAGAGAAGACGAAGCUGAUCACGCAGCUGGGAGACGCCAAGAACCUCAUUGAGCAGCUGGAGCAGGACAAGGGAAUGGUCAUUGCUGAAACCAAGCGUCAGAUGCAUGAGACUUUGGAGAUGAAGGAAGAGGAGAUCGCUCAGCUGCGCUCCAGACUCCUGCAGACCCUCGCUCAGAAAGACGAGCUGCAGGAGCAGAAAGAGAAAUCAGAGAAAGCAGCAUUUGAAGAGCUGGAGCGAGCUCUAAGUGUGGCUCAGCGGGCAGAGGAGGCGCGCCGUCAGCUGCAGGUGAGCGUGGAGGAGCAGGUGAAGCAGGUGGAGAAGGCCAGUGAGGAAGAGAGGAGAAGCUUGCAACAGGAGCUGACCAGGGUCAAACAGGAAGUGGUCACCAUUAUGAAGAAAUCCUCAGAGGACAGGAUAGCAGAAAUGGAGCGGUUACAUUCAGAGGCUUUGGCUAACAAAGAACAGGAACUGAGUGCCCAGAUCAAACAAGCUGUGGAGCAGUGUCGUGAGGAAUUGUUGCGGUCGGCACAGGAAAGAGAACAGCAGGCGUCUCUCGCUCUGGAGGAGGCCGAGCUGCAGAAAGCUGCAAUUCAGACUGAGGGAGAGAACAAAGCCAAGGAACUACAGCUAGAAUUGGAGUCGACCAGAACGAGAAUUCAAGAACUCGAGAGUUGUCUAGGUAGCUCGGAGAAGGAUUCUGCCAAGUCGGAUGAACUCUCUGCGCAACUGGAAGAGCACAGAAAGAAACAUGAGGCUGAAAUAGCUGCUCUAGAAGAAGCUCAUAAGCAAGAGCUAGAAAAGACAAAGACAGAGCAGAUAACAGCCCUUACCCAGCAGCCUGAUGCUGCUUUGGAGGAGCUUGUGCAGAAACAUGAAGGAGAAAUUGAAUCUAUACUGAAAGACAAGGAGGAACAGUUCCAUUCUCAUGUGGAAGACAUGAACAAAAAGAUGCUUGAUAAACUGAGUGACAAACAAACCGAGAUUGAGACCCUGUCUUCUGAGCUUAGUGAGGUACUGAAUAGUAAACAACAUUUAGAAGAAAGACUGUCCGCUGUGGAGACCACCAGUGAAACCGCAAGACAAGAGUUUGAGGACAGGCUCAAGGAAGAACAAGUAAAAUAUCAGGCUGAGAUUGAAGCUGCGAAACAGAAAGAACAGUCAUUUGCAGGGGUGGAUAAAAUGCUAAAAGAAGAGAUAAAUCAGCUGAAGAUUGUGUUGGAGGAGAAGGAAAAAGCACUAGAGGAACAUGCGUUUAGAGAAAUGACUUUGCAAGAAGGAAGUGUGCAGUUGGAGGAGCUUCGGCUCAGGGAACAGUCAAAUAAAGAGGCCCUUGAGGAAUCAAGAUCUCAGAUUAGCACACUUACAGAAGAACUCCAGCAAACCAAGAAUCAAGUGAAAGAUCUUGAGCAAACCCUUGAGGCAAUGCGUAAUGAUAGUCGGGAGAAAGAAGUGUGUCUUGAACAAAAGACAAGUGAACUUCAGGAACUUGUGCAGAAGAUGGAGCAAGUCAAGAGAGAACUAUUGGAAAAAGAAAAUUUGCAUGCUGCCACCUGCAAUACAAUGCAAGAGGAGCAAAACCGAUUGAGAAAGCAGCUGGAUGACCAGAAGAGUUCUCACGAGAAGAAACUUGAGAACAUUAGGAAAGACAUGGAUUGCAAACUGAAAUCCCAGGAAAAUAAGAUGGAGAAAUUAAGACAGAAACACAAAGAAGCAGAGGACAAGUUGAAGAAACAGCUUCAGGAUCAAGAGGAGAAUGCCAAAGCGGAGUUAACCAAGAAAGCUCAUGAGAUAGAACUGAAAGACCAGCAACUGAAAGAGAUGAUCCUUGAGAUGGCGCAAGCAAGCUCUGAGGGCCUCAGCACCGCCAUGUCUGAUUUGGAGGCCAAUCACAAAGAGCACUUAGACAAGCUUCAGCUGACUCAUAAACAGGAGCGGGAAGAUCUUAUUCAUCGCUGGCAGGAGAAACUCAACCAAAAUGAGGAGGAGUUGCAAGAAAAACAUGCUCAGUCUUUGCACGAAAAAGCCCAAGAGUUGGAGGAGAUCUCCCAGCUGCUUUCGGCCAGCAGGGAAGAAAAGGAACAGGUUAUGAAAGACAUCCAGAACCUCAGGGAGGAGCUUGCCAUGAGGGAAACCACUGUGCAGAAACUACAGACAGAGCUCAGAGAGGCUGCAAGCAAGCUGCAAAGUUUAUCUGAAGUGGAGGGUUUACUUAAAAGACAAGCCGAAACCAUGGAGAAGAAUCUGAACCAGGCCUUGAAUGAAAGAAACCUUUUGCAGGACGAACUGAGAAAGGCUGAGGAAACUAGUAAGGAGAAACUGCAGAGCAUAUCUGAAGAGUUGGUACACACCCAGCAAAAGUUGAAUAUGCUUGAAACGUCCAAGUGUAAAGAGGGUGAAGAUCUCCAGAGGACACUUGAAGAAAAAAUGGCUGAACUCCAAAAUAAAGAAAAAGAGUUCCAGGCACAAUUGUGUGCCAUCCCAAAAGAAUUUGAGCAGUGUUGUCAGGAAGCCCAGGCUAAGUUAGAUGGCUUCUCUGUUGACCUGUGUAAGAAAGUUGAGGAACGUGUUGGGGGGUUACAACGCCGGGUGAUAGAUCAUCAGAAAAAGGUCACAUAUCUAAGAAAUAUUAUCAUGAUGAAGGACAACAGAAUUAGCACUGUAGAGAAAGAACUUCAGCAGACUUUUGAUGAGAACCAUAAUCUAAAGAGCUCUCUUGAUGAAGUGACUCUUCAGUUAAGUUCAAGUUCAGAGACUCUUAAAGCCUUACAGACCGAAAGGGAGUCUCUGCAAACCAAUGCAGAUGAUCGCUCCCAGGCACUUUCUGAGAAAGACCUUCAAAUCAAGCAGCUCUGUGAGGAAAAAGAACACAUAUCAGAAAAUCUCAAAGCAAAUGUUUUGCAACUCGGCAAUCUAGAAUCUGUCAUAAAUGACUUGAAGACCCAGUUAGCAAGUAGCAUAACUGAGAAAGAACAAGCCAUAUCUCUGCUGAAUCAGCAGCACAAUGAGGACAAGGAAAGAGUAACAUGCCAAAUGGGGGAGAUGGUGGAAAGGCUAGAAAAAGAGAAGACCUCGCUUCAAGAGCAGGUAUACUCACUCAGGAAUAAGUUCUCUGAUCUGAAAAAGAAGUUCAGUCAGAGUCACAGCACUGUUAAGUCUCUUCAAGAUAAAGUUGCAGACAUGGAGAGGCAGAUUGCGGAGAAGGACGAACAACUUCAGAUGCUCACUGCCAGCAUUGACAAUCACUCCAUUACCAAGUCCGAGAUGGACCAGGCUCUUAGUGAGAAAGAACAGAGGGUUCAUGCCUUGACCUCAGAGCUGGAAAGCUGCUCAAAAAAAGUUUGUGAUCUGGAGGAGCAGCUAGAGUUGCGGACAAAAGAGCGAGAACAACUCGCAGCUGAUUUGCAGCAGCACCUUACCAUUAGGGAGAACGAAAAGAUGGAGUUGAUGAAGCAGGUGCAGGAAGCUCAGGACCAAAGCUCUCAAAACGGGGCCCUAAUCCAGAAAACUGAGGAAAGUUUUCAGUCUUUGAGGAAAGACGUUGAAACAGCUAAGCAGGAACUGGAAUCCCAGCGGAAUGACUUUGAGAGGGAGAAGGCUGAGAUCCUGAGCGUGAAUGAAGAGGCUGUGAAGGCAGCCCAAGAAAAGGCGUCCACCAAAACGGCUGGUAAAGUAGCUGAGUUGAAGAAGAAGGCAGAGCAAAAGAUUGGCAUGAUUCGUAAACAGUUGACGUCACAAAUUGAGGAAAAGGAGCAGGCUAUCAAAGACUUGCAGACGCAGUUGGAAGGCAUCAAGCAAACCCAGAAUGAAAAAGAAGAACGUAUAAAGUCUCUAGAGGAAAUUGAGAGGACAAUGGAGGAGGCCACUGCAAAAUUAAAGGAAGAGCAUGCAAAACAUCUACAAGAAUUGCAGCAGAAAGAAAACGAGGAAAGACAGGCCUCUCUGCAAAACUUAAAAGAUAUGUAUGAAGAGACGCUUGCUGCUCUUCAUAAAGACAUUUCUGCAAAAGGGGAGCAAUCUGCUACUGCUGCUAUAGAAACUUCUUCAAGACUUGGAGAGCUUGAGACCAAACUCUCAGAAUCUAAUGAGCAGAUUGCAAACUACCAAACUGAGGUAAGUCGCCUUAAAGCAGACCUGCUUGAACAGACAACUCGAGUGCAGGAGUUAGAGCAGACAUGCUUGGAUCUUCAAGAACAGAUUAAGGAGAAACAGAUUGAUGAAGUUGAGAAGGAACAUGUUUCUGUGCAAAUGUCCAGCAGUAGAUUAGGAAUGGAGCCUGCAAUGUUAGUGGCCAAGGAAAACAUGGACACUAUCAGGAACCAAGAUGAUUGGACAAGUCAAAAGGACUUGUUGGUGAAGGAAUAUGAGGAGAAACUCCAAGAUUUGCAGCAGAGGUUACAAGAGAAAGAAAAUGAGCUAAAAGCACAACAGAGUUCACCUCGAGGAAAUGGGGAGACUGUUAAUGAGUGCCUAAUCAACAAUACAAACACCUCAGAGAAUGAUCUUCAGAGAAAGCUGGUAGAGGCUGAGAAUGAGAAGCAGAAGCUCUACAAAGAUUACACCAGACUACAGAAAGACCUUCGGUCUCUAAGGAAAGAGCAUGAGAAGGAGCUGGAAUUCAUGAAAAAGGAAAUGGCUGAGGAAACCGAGAAGAAGCUGAAGCUUGAAAUGGAAGAUAUGGAAAUGAAACAAAAUUCGGCUCUUAAGCAGUUAAUGAGGGAGUUUAAUACUCAGAUGGCCCUGAAAGAAAAGGAAAUGGAAGGUUCAGUGAAGGAAACCAUUGAGAAAGCUCAGGGUGUUGAAGCUGAGCUUAUAACUAGCCAUCGAGAAGAAGUCAGUCAACUUCAGAAAACAAUCGCUCAGAAGGAAGAAGACCUAAACAGAACGGUUCAGCGUCACGAACAGGUCCUUCAGAGUCGUGAGGUGGAGAUGGGCGACCACGUGUGGGAGGUGCAGAAGGAGCUAGAGGAGCUACAGCAGAGGAGUCUCAGCGGCCCUCAGGGUCUUGAGGAGUUAAAGGUUCAGCUUGCAGAAAAGACGACCAUGUUGAGCGAGGCCAGGCUAAAAGAGCAGGAAUACCACGACAGGAUUCGUGCACUAGAAGACAAACUAAGACGCUCCCAUAAAAACACAGUGGUGACUCACCUGGGAAGCUCAUAUAGAGAUUUGUCACACAACAGCGCGGACCCCUUCAGCGAGCCGACCGAAUUCGAGUACCUCAGGAAGGUCAUGUUUGAGUACAUGAUGGGAAAAGAGACAAAGACAAUGGCCAAAGUUAUAACAUCCAUGCUGAAGUUUCCUCCGGACCAGGCGCAGAAGGUUCUGGAGCGUGAGGAUUCCCGUGUGAUGGUGAGCAUUUCUUUAGUGUGCAGAAGCAGCUCCUUGGCUCCGGUAAGGUGGAACCAGAACCGUGCCUGAGCAAACGACUGCUGCUGCUGCUGAGAGAUGCUACUGACAUGAAAGAGCCUGCUCUACUUAUCUGUGUGUGUGUGUGUGUGUGAGCGAAGUGUGAGUGUGUACGGUUACUGGUACAAGGGAACUUGGUUAGGUUAAGAAAUUGAAAGAAAAUGUAAAGAAUAUUCUUACUUUUGUAGCUUGCCAGAAAUAAUUUAUGACAUGGAUUUUUUUUGCUUUCUUUUUCAUUUUUUAGGGUAGACGGUUCUUUUUUUUAAAGCUGCAUUUGUAUGAUUUGAAGACUUGUGUAAUAAGUUUGACUGUAAGUUUCAGUUUGGUUGAUUCUCUCUAUUUUUCCUGAAUUAUUUCAGUUGUAUUCCUAUUUUUCUCUGUUUUAAGGUAAAAUGAAAUUACCCUUUAACUAUCUGCACAGCACAUGUACGAUAUAAAGACACAGGCGCAUAGUAUGCUGAUUGUUUACUAUGUUUUUGUUUGCUUUUGUAACUUAAUACUGUAUUUUCGGGGAAACUGACUAAUUAGAACCAUGCUUCAUAUUGUAAAUAAUCAUUGUUGAAAAAAAAGGCUAUAAAUCUCUGUCAUAGGGCACUUUGAGGCGGUUAAUACAUUUUAAGACAACUAAUAAAGUUUUAUUUACACUACA